AUGAGUCGCUCCAAACGCGGCAGCGUCGUCUACGUGGGAAACCUUCCAGGUGCGCCAUCCGCCGCACCCGCCCCCACCACAAGCCCACAGAGUCGCGACCUGACCUUUAGCCGCCGCUCCGCAGGGGACAUCCGCGAACGCGAGGUCGAGGACAUGUUCUACAAGUACGGUCCCAUUCGCGCCCUGGACCUGAAGACGCCGCCCAGGAAGCCCGGCUUCGCCUUUGUGGAGUUUGAGGACCCCAGGGAUGCCGAGGACGCCGUGCGAGAUUACCGCGGUGAGGACGGGCCCAACUUUCAGGGCCACCAACUCCGGGUGGCGUUUGCCAGGGGUGGCGGGCCACCGCCGCCGCCCCCGAUGAGCCAGCACCGCGGAUCGCCCUACAGGGCGAUUGUGAAGGGCCUCCCAAGGUCGGCCAGCUGGCAAGACCUCAAGGAUCACUUUCGGAGAGUUGUGAACCCUGCUUUCACCAGUGUGUACUCGGAGAGAGAAAAGAUAUUUGGAGUGGUGGAGUUUGAUUCAGCAGACGACCUCAAAUACGCAAUUCGGAAAUUGGACAAUACAGAGUUCAAAAACCCGUUUGACCGUGCGUACAUCCGGAUCCUGGAUGACAGCCGUGGUCGCUCUCUGAGCCGGUCACGAUCACGAAGCAGGUCCCCGCCUCCCAGACGGAGGGGCAGGAGUCGAAGCCCUGUCAGGAGCCGAAGCCCAGUGCGCCGCAGCCGCCGGACCCCAAGUCACAGCCGCAGCGGCAGCAGCAGACGCAGUGCAAGCAUGGCGAGCAGCCACAGUAGGCCCAAAAGCAGGGAACACUCCAUGAGUGACAGGCGCUCCCGCAGUGAGGAUGGUUGA